UGAGGAUGUCACAUAGACAGGGGACAAAACGUCUGCAACACAAAUUCCCAGCUCGGCAAACAGAACCACAGCAACCACAUUCUGUUCCAAGAGUAACAGAGCCUGUGGAAACCACAUUGGUCUGUACAGCCACCUACAGACUCACCCUGAGAGUGGAAGAGAGUCAUCCUUGUCUGCAAGGGAGCACCAGUGAUGAUAAUGAAAGUUUCCAUGGACAACUCGUCAAGGUGCAGUGCUAGGCCCAGCGUUAUAUAAUACCUCAAAUUUGACCAAAAUACAGAGAUGGAAGAGAACUGUCCUACAUCGACCCCCAUAGCUUUGCAGCACACUGCACCAGAUUGUUUGGCUACAGCUAGAAAAAAUUGGAUUGAAAGUGCUGUUCUGUAGCAGAUAGGUCCCUUCUUUGACUUCAGAACUGAAGAUGAAUUGUUUUCACUCCAGUUCGAUGCAUCCUACAGUCCGCAGAUCCUGCCAUUUUUUGGAUCGCUGGUGCUUGAUGGGUCAAGUUGAUGAGAUGUUUGGAGGUUUAAGUGCCACUCCUUACCCCGCUUGUGGGUGCUUCUGUGUCUAGUGCAUUCCUAAAUCAACCAAAUCAAUCCAGUUUGGCCGGUCACAUGACAGGGCUACCCAUGAGUCAGCAGGAUAUUUGGCCUGUCGAGGCUUCCUUUCUGGACAUUACUCAUAACUGCUUCAGAAACCUCAGGGGCCCUCAGUUGACCAUGGACAGCCCCAAGGCCCUUUGGAAAAACCGCAAACUGUCCUGAGGAUCAUUGUCAGCCAUAGAUUAAAGAUGCAAUUUUCAAAUCUUCUCCCUCUUCACCACCGGCAAUUAAACAUACAGUCCCAUGUGUUGCUGUGGGCUGGAUCUCACGAUUCCUUUAGCUUUUGGAUUGAUGAAAAAUCCCCCGUGGGGCCGGACCAGCCAGUCGUGGUCAGGCACAUGGCUGGGAUUUUCCGGUCCUUCUGGAAGAAGAUGAUGAAGAGGUGGUCUGUGACACAAAGCUUGACAUUUCGGGAGCAGCUGGAGGCCGGCAUCCGUUAUUUUGACCUCCGUGUUUCUACCAAACCCGGGGACAGCGAGGAACUUUAUUUUAUUCAUGGUUUGUUCGGCAGUAAGGUUCACGACGGUCUGAUCGAGAUUGACAGCUUCUUGACAGCUCACACCAAAGAGGUGGUCUUCCUCGACUUCAACCACUACUAUGAAAUGGACGACUCAAACCACGAAUACCUUAUCCGGAUGCUUAGAAACACCUUUGGACCCAAACUCUGCCGAGCUAACCUAGUGGAGGAAAUAACGCUGCAGUAUUUAUGGGAACACAAGUAUCAGGUGCUUGUGUUCUAUCACCACCCUAUGGCCCAUGACUUUCCCUUUCUGCGGCCAGGGAAUCAGAUGCCAGCGCCCUGGGCAAACACCACCGACGCGCGCAAGUUGGUACAAUUCCUGGAGACCACCCUGAACGAGCGGGCAAAGAGGGGGACUUUUCACGUGUCCCAGGCCAUCCUCACCCCUCAGACCAAGACGGUCAUUCGAGGACUCAUCGUCGGACUACGUGAUUCUCUCGUUGCCAGAAACCUCCCAACGAUAAUGAACUGGGUGAAGUCUCAGAAGCCCGGUGUGAACGGUGUCAACAUCAUUACCUCAGACUUUGUGGAGCUUGUGGACUUUGCUACGACUGUGAUCAAGUUAAACAACUUGCUGCUGCAUGAUAGGAGCAAACACGAACAAAUUUAGUGCACUUUCCUAUCCUGGGCUGGGUAUUAUUUUGUGUAAUUGCUCAAGACGGAGUGUAGUUGCCAUGUGCAUCAAAAUUAGACUCAUUCGGUCCACUCCAAAGUCCACUUGGCGCCUGUCUUUAUUUUUAUAAUACAGUAUAGGUAGAAACAAAUCCAAAAUCUCGACUUUCUACGAGAAUGACAAGUCAUGUCAUAAUUACAUUCCAACAGAAGGGGGAGGCACUUACAAUGUGUCAACUUUAUACAGACAAGGCCCACUGCCUGCAGUAGAAAUGUAUUAUAGAAAAGGCUGCAGAUGUAAUGAUUUUAAUAUAUGUUUAUAGUUACAAUUAUUAACUAUUAAAGCCAUAGGGUGCUUUUAAAAGGUGCUUUGGAAAAUGAGCAUUAUAAAGAAAUUGUAUUUUGUGAUCACAGUGAAAACUAAUCUAAAAUUGUCUCUAAUUAACUAUAAUUUCUAACAAUUGCAGCCACGUUAUGAGUUUCUGGCAGGGUAGUGAUAAAAUCCCUACCUCGUUCAAAUUCUAUUUAAAUCCUGCCUGCCACUGAGGUGUGUUAUGACAGGUCCAAACAUGUUGCUAAAAAAUUUUGAUUUUAACAGUCAAGAGUUAAAGGCGAAUGAACCGAACAGGGAAUAAUGAUAUGGCUGAACGCCUCACCUCAGCUACUGUUACACAGGAAAUUUAAUUUGGAGACGUACAGGCAAAAGGGAUUGUCAGCUUGGUGUGGCGCAGAGCAGUAAAAUUAGCUUCAGCAGGACGGAGAUUGGCCAGUGCUGGAAGAUCAGAAUGUUUCUGUUGUUUGUCUAUAUUCUCAGUGCACUGCGAGCCAAAGUCUAUACUGUGGUGCAGAUUGAGGGAGCCUGUGCUGCAGUGCAGUUAGCACUGACCUUAUAAUCCAGAGCUUCACAGCAGGUGGUGAACUUUGAAAUCCAAAAUUAAAUAUUAGGAACAAGCAACAAAAGCUGGACUUGUUAAUGGUGCCCACGUUCCAGGAAGGAAUUUCAUAGAAUCCCUACAGUGUGGAAACAGGCCCUUCGGCCCAACAAGUCCAUACCGACCCUCCGAAGAGUA